AUGAACUUUUAGUCUAAUGAAGCAAAACCAUUUUGAAGCUGUCCAAAAGACUUUCUACUGCAAAUAAAUGGAGUAAGAAAUAGGCAAAAAAACAACUCCUAGCAGUCCUAGCUGGAUGUUGAAGGCGUGGGUCCAGAACUAUCACAAUACUCCAAAAAAAACGACGUUUUCUGGGGUUUAUAACCCCUAACCCUAAGCUUAUGUUUUCAUUUCUGUUGUAAAAUGAAUGUCACUGUGUCGUUUCUAGGUAACAGGUUCUCCAUCACCUCCUUUGGAGCUCUUUACAUCUCAGACGUUCAGAAGGAGGACGCCCUCUCCACCUAUCGCUGCAUCACAAAACACAAGUACAGUGGCGAGACGCGGCAGAGCAAUGGAGCCAGGCUCUCUGUCAUGGACCCCAACGAGUCCUCGCCCACCAUCCUGGACAGUUUCCAAGCAGGGGAGGUGAAUGCAGGCCAGAGCAUCGAGCUUCCCUGUACAGCGGGAGGUUACCCCAGCCCUACCGUGCGCUGGCUCAAAGAUGGCCGCCCGUUGCCCUCAGACGCCCGCUGGACCCGGCGUUUGACGGGGUUGACCAUCAGCGACCUGAGGCAAGAGGACAGUGGCAGCUACGCCUGCGAGGUCACCAACAGUUUUGGCUCAAAGGAAGUGUCUGGACAGCUUCAUGUCAUCGAUCCACUGCGAGUGACCUUAUCGCCCAAGAAUCUGAAAACAGGCAUCAGCAGCACACUGUUCUUCACCUGCACCGUGGAGGGAUCCCCAGAAUACACCAUCUCCUGGUACAGGAACACAGAACCCAUCAUGCCUGACCAGCACAUCUCCAUCCAGGGACAACACAACGACACGCUGCAGAUCACCGCGGCUCAGAAGUUCCACUCCGGAGCCUACCAGUGCUUUGCCUCCAGAAAAGGCCACACAGCUCAGGACUUUUCCAUUAUUCUGCUGGAGGAUGGCACACCGCGUAUAGUGGCCUCCUUCAGCGAGCGGGUGGUGAACCCCGGCGAACCCUUCUCCCUCAAAUGUUCAGCCAAAGGAGCCCCUCCCCCCUCGAUCACCUGGACGCUGGAUGACGAGCCCGUGGUGCGAGACUCCACCUACAAGACCAGCCAGUACACCCUGUCGGACGGCCUGACCGUGUCGCACGUCAACGUCAGCAGCCCGCUCAUCAGAGAUGGGGGAGUGUACCGCUGCGUCGCACGCAACUCGGCCGGCAGCGCAGAGUACCAAGCGCGCAUAAACGUAAGAGGUCCACCUCGAAUCAGACCCAUGCGGGACAUUACAGCAGUGGCUGGCAGGAACACCUACAUAACCUGCCGCGUGAUUGGUUACCCGUAUUAUUCCAUCAAGUGGCUGAAGGACGGCAUGCAGCUGCCGGAUAAUCACCGUCAAGUGUUGUUUGACAAUGGAACCCUCAGACUGACGGACGUGCAGAAGGGCGCUGACGAGGGAACCUACUUAUGUAGUGUCCUGAUCCAGCCCCAGGUGUCGAUCAACCAGACCGUCCACGUGACCGUCAAAGUGCCACCGCUCAUCCAGCCCUUCGACAUCCCCUCUACCUCAGUGGGGAAGCUCAUGUACAUCGCCUGCGUGGUGUCAUCCGGGGACAUGCCCAUACGCAUCACCUGGCACAAAGAUGGCCAGCUCAUCGUGCCAGGCUCCGCCUCUGGCGUGGCAAUAGAGACCAAAGAGUUCAUGAGCUCCCUGCAAAUCUCCAAGGUGACACUGAAGCACAACGGCAACUACACCUGCAUCGCCAGCAACGCCGCCGCCACCGUCAGCUGGGAGAGACAGUUGAUAGUCACUGUGCCACCUCGUUUCGUGGUGCAGCCCAACAACCAGGACUGCAUCUACGGCAAAGCUGGAGUUCUCAACUGUUCUGUGGAAGGUUAUCCGCCGCCAAAGGUCAUGUGGAAACACGCCAAAGGUGUGGGAAACCCUCAGCAGUACCACCCUGUCCCUCUGACCGGCCGGAUCCAGAUCAUGUCAAACGGCUCUCUGCUCAUCCGGCACGUCCUGGAGGAUGACCGAGGCUACUACCUCUGUCAGGCCUCCAACGGCGUGGGCUCAGACAUCAGUAAGAGCAUGAUCCUCACUGUCAAAAUUCCUGCCAUGAUCACCAGCCACCCCAACACCACCAUGGCGAGGAAAGGCCAGACCAAGGAGCUGAACUGCACGGCCCGAGGUGAACAGCCCAUCAUCAUUCGCUGGGAGAGAGGGGACACGGUCAUCGACGCAGAGAGAAACCCCCGCUACUCCAUCACCAUCAACAAGAAAGGGGACGAAGUCAUCUCCACCCUAAAGCUGAACCCAGCCGAGCGAGGAGAUUCAGUUUUCUUCUCCUGCCACGCCAUCAACUCUUACGGAGAAGGACGAGGGCUCAUCCAGCUCACCGUGCAAGAGCCACCAGAUCCUCCAGAGCUGGAGGUGAGGGAGGUGAAGGACAGGAGCAUGAACCUGCGCUGGAUCCAGAGGUUUGAUGGAAACAGCAUCAUCACCAGCUAUGACAUAGAAUACAAGAACAAGUCAGAUUCCUGGGACCACAUGUACACCACCAGAAACAUCUCACCCACCAACAACCAGGCCAACAUCGUGGAGUUACACCCGGCCUGUGUCUACAGCAUCCGCAUGUACUCCUACAACAAGAUCGGCCGCAGCCUCCCCAGCAAAGAGCUGACCAUCAGCACCGAGGAAGCUCCCCCCGAUGGGCCCCCCAUAGAAGUGGUCCUUCAGCCGAUGACAUCACAGAGCAUACGGGUGACGUGGAGGGCUCCAAAGAAGGAACUUCAGAACGGGGUGAUCCGCGGCUAUCAGAUCGGCUACAGAGAGAACGGUCCAGGCAGCAACGGACAGUACAGCAUAGUGGAGAUGAAAGCAACGGGGGACAGUGAAGUGUACACCUUGGACAACCUGAAGAAGUUUGCCCAGUAUGGAGUCGUGGUCCAGGCCUUCAACAGAGCUGGGACUGGACCGUCCAGCACUGAGAUCAAUGCUACGACUCUGGAAGACGUGCCCAGCGAGCCUCCGCAGAACGUGCGUGCCAUUUCCGUGACGUCGGACGAGGCGGUGAUCACGUGGGCAGAGCCUCCACGGCUGACGCUGCACGGUGUGCUGAAAGGCUACCGGGUUGUGUUUUGGUCCCUCUUCCCUGACGGAGAAUGGGGAGAGAUGCAGAAUAUCACCACCACACGGGAGCAGGUGGAGCUGCGGGGGCUGGAGAAGUUCACCAACUACAGCGUACAGGUGCUGGCCUACACCCAGGCUGGAGAUGGAGUCCGCAGCAAUGUCCUGUACAUCCAAACCCGCGAGGAUCUUCCUGGUCCGCCGGCUGGAAUAAAGGCAGUUCCUGCUUCUGCAAACAGUGUAAUGGUGUCCUGGUUGACGCCGCACAAACCAAAUGGUGUCAUCCGCAAGUACACCAUCUACUGUUCCAGCCCGGGCUCUGGACAACCAGCGCCCAGCGAGUACGAGGCCAACCCGGAGAUGCUCUUCUACCGCAUCACGCACCUCACCCGUGGGAAACAGUACCACAUCUGGGCUGCCGCCGUGACGACGGCCGGACGGGGCAACAUCAGCUCAAAGGUCACCGUGGAGCCCGCUGGGAAAGUCCCUGCUAAGAUCCUGUCCUUCAGCGGCACAGUGACGACGCCCUGGAUGAAAGAAGUGCGACUGCCCUGCAGCUCAGUGGGCGAGCCCACCCCCACCAUCAAAUGGACCAAAGACAGUGAGGACUCUGCCAUCCCGGUGACGGCAGACAGUCAGCGGCAGAUUUUAUCCAACGGCACGCUGGUGCUCCGUUCGGUCAAAGCAGAGGAUUCUGGGUACUACACCUGCACAGCCACCAACACACUAGGCUUUGACACCAUCAUAGUCAAUCUGGUGGUUCAAGUUCCUCCAGACCAGCCUCGUCUGACCGUCUCCACCACCUCCACCUCCUCCAUCACCCUGGCCUGGAUCCCUGGAGACAACGGAGGAAGUUCUAUCAGAGGGUUUGUGCUGCAGUAUUCCGUGGACAACACUGAGGAGUGGAGGGACGUCUUCAUCAGCUCCACAGAACGUUCUUUUCGAUUGGACAAUCUGCGCUGCGGAACCUGGUACAAAGUGAAGUUGGCGGCUAAGAACAGCGUGGGCUCGGGACGCAUCAGUGAGAUCAUCGAGGCCAAGACGCAUGGGAGAGAACCCGUCUUCAACAAGGACCAGCCGUUGCUCACUCACAUCAAUUCCACUCACGCCGGCCUGAACCUGCAGGGCUGGACCAGCGGAGGCUGCCCCAUCACUGACCUGAUGCUGGACUUCAGGCCUAAAGGCACCUGGGCCUGGCAGACUCUGAAGGCCAACUCCACCACUCAGCUGUUCCUCAGCGAGCUGCGGGAGGCCACGUGGUACGAGCUGAAAAUGAGAGCCUGUAACAGCGCGGGCUGUGGGAACCAGACCUCCCAGUUCGCCACCACAGACUACGACGGAAGUACGAUACCACCAAUCAAGUCGGCCCGGGGCGAAGGUGACGACGUGAAGAAACUCUUCUCCAUCGGCUCUCCUGUCAUCCUGGUCACGCUGGGUGUCGCGCUGCUCUUCAUCAUCCGCAAGAAACGCAAAGAGAAGAGACUGAAACGUCUGAGGGACGCCAAGAGCCUGGCGGAGAUGCUCAUCAGCAAAAACAAUCGAACUAUAGACACCCCUGUGAAGGGCCCCCCCCAGGGGCCGAGGCUGCACAUCGACAUCCCACGUGUUCAGCUGCUCAUUGAAGACAAGGAGGGAAUCAAACAGAUCGGGGAGGACAAGGCAGCGGUGCCGGUGACGGACACCGAGUUCAGCCAAUCAGUGAAUCCACAGAACUUCUGCACAGGCGUGUCUCUGCAUCAUCAAGCGCUCAUCCAGAACUCCGGGCCUUUGAUUGACAUGUCAGACAUCCGCCCCGGCACCAAUCCCGUGUCCAGGAAAAGCAUCAAGUCGGUCCACAGCUCCAGAAACAGAUACUCCAGCCAGUGGACGCUGAGCCGCCCCAGUCAGAGCCAGUCCACGGCCUCGGCACGAACUCUGACCUCAGACUGGAGGACCAUGGGUUCACACGGCAUCACAGCCACGGAGAGCGACAGCUACAGCGCCAGCCUCUCACCCGCCACGGAUAAGGGUCGUAACAGCAUGGUGUCCACGGAGAGCGCCUCCUCCACCUACGAGGAGCUGGCCAGGGCCUAUGAACACGCCAAGCUGGAGGAGCACCUGCAGCACGCCAAGUUCACCAUCACAGAGUGUUUCAUCUCCGACAGCUCCUCUGACCAAAUGACCACGGGAACCAACGACCCGGCGGACAGCAUGACCUCCCUCAGUACGCCCUCCGAGCCGGGAAUCUGCCGCUUCACGGCCUCGCCGCCCAAACCGCAAGACUACGACCGGGGUAAAAAUGUGGCCGUGCCAAUUCCACACCGCGCCAAAAGUGAGUUCUGCAACCUCCCCCUCUACAUGAAGACAGACCCGUUCUUCCGCAAACAGGGCGAGCUGCGCGACCCGUGUCCCGCCGUCCCACCGCGGGAGGCCUCCAUCCGCAGCCUCACGCAGCGGGCGUACCACACCCAGGGUCGCCACAAAACUCUGGACUCCUCCAAGCAGCAGGCCCUGACGCUGGGCCACUCCGGGCCCAGCAGCUUGGGCUCUGUCAGCUCGGGGACCGCCACCUUGCCUCAGAGGACUCUGACCAUGCCCAGCUCCAACGCUGCGGCCACGGCGUCCACUUCGAGCACGGGCAGCAACCCCCUCAACAGUAACAAGGGGGGCUCCAGAGACUCGCUGCUGGAGAGCAGCUCCUCUGCCCUGGGCAGACUACAGAAACAGAGCGUGGGGGCCUACUCCAAGUCAUACACACUGGUGUAGCUCGUCCUCCUGCACAGACUCGCGCUGCCGUCCCACUCCUGGGCCAGGUCAACCCUGGCUGUCUACAGUCUGGGCCAGAAAGGGCAUGCAACCCGUCUUUCUUUUACAGCCCACACUGGUGGUGCUCUGCCCAGAGUCCUGUCUAAUCCUCCGUGGGAUCAGUAUUUCCCCCCCAUCCCCACCGCCACCGCCCCCCCGACAGAGACCUAGCUAACCUUUCUUCUCAUGUUCACCUAGGACUCUGCAGACAAACUACUAACUCCAACUAACAGUUCCAGCCGGCUGGUGUGCAGCUCCGCCCACGUCUCUCAUGGCAAUUGCACAGCUUAAAAAAAAAAAAAAAAAAAUUGAAAAAAAUUUGAAAAAAAAAAAAGUUGGAAAAAAAAAGAAAGGAAGAAAGAAACGAUUCUCUGGUCAUUUGGAAAUCUUGACUCUGACAGAGGAGCUGGACGCUCAGUGUUUAUGACGAUGAAGACUACAAUAGCCAGUAUGAAGCUGUGUGUCCAUCCCGUCACUCAUACACACACACACACACACACACACAUAGACAUGCUGUACUCCAUAGUUUUCAGUAUUAUUGUCCAUUUUACAGGAUGUCCACUUAAGUUCCCCCUCGUCCCCCCUCGCCGUGUGUCUCUUAAAUCCCAAAAAUCUAUUGGCCGAUUUGAUUCCUAAAGAAAUGAUUCAGGUUCACUUCCGAGGAUGAAGAGGAAAAAAGAUUUCUCUCCCGCUCACGUGAGAGGAAACGCUCCAGAUGUCAAAAGAAAUGACGACGAAACCCAAAUGUAUGAAGAUUCACGUUACGAAUAGAGAAUAUUUGGUAUUUACAAAGAAUUUACAUAUAUAUUUGUAUGUAGGUAUAUUAUCGCCAUAUAAGUUAAAUAAUGACAAAGUAUAAAUGGUGCGCGCUGCGACGGCGUAGCGGUGCGCGCAGAAAAAUUUAAAUGUUAGUGUCAAAUUUAAAGGAGACAAUCGCUCAAUCAUGAAAUUUAAAGAAGAGAAAUUUAACAAAUACAAAUAAGGUUUGACUAAAGAAAAAGAAAGAAAAGAAAAGUUUAGUAUAUAUACGGGACCCUGUGUAUGUAGACGGACGAAGAGAGGAGUGUUGGAAAGCAUGAAAGGCUUCUUUACCUUCAGGUCCUGGAGCAGGAACCGAUGACUGGUCCGGUUGAUUCUCAACCUCCCUGGUCUGCAGCACAUACCUUACUGUGUAUCUGUGUCCCAUUUUUAUAGGCCGCACCCCAAACCUGCAGCCCAUCAUUAACAAAUCACAGCAAAAAAAAAAAAA